AUGCUGUCCCGGGCAAAUACUCAGUUCUUGGGCUCCUCGUCGCGGGUCCUGGCAGCUUCGAUUCGUUCGUUGAUGCUGCAGGAGCACCAGGGGAUGACCGUUUUGAAGCAGAACAACGUGAAGGUACCCGAUUUCGCCGUUGUGAGGAACGCAAACGAAGUGCGCAGCGCGUGCCAAAAGAUUGGCGGCUCGGACUACGUCGUUAAGGCUCAGGUCCUGGCCGGCGGUCGUGGCAAGGGCACGUUCAAAUCGGGUCUUCAGGGCGGUGUGCACAUCGUUUUCUCACCCGAAGAAGCCGAGAGCAAGGCCAGCCAGAUGAUCAACUCCGAGCUCGUCACGCUGCAGACGGGCGCCGCCGGGCAGUUGUGCAAGGAGGUGAUGGUGGUGAAGCGGAUGUACCCCCGGCGCGAGUACUACUUCUCCAUUGCCCUCGACAGGAGCGCCAGUGGCCCGAUGCUGAUCGGAUCCUCGAAGGGUGGAAUGAACAUUGAGGAAGUCGCCAAGACGGACCCCUACGCAAUCGUCAAGAUCCCCGUUGAUGCUAGGACCGGAAUCACGCCCGAGAUCGCGAUGGAAUGCGCGCAGAAGAUGAGCUUCACCGGCGAGAGCGCGAAGCAGGCCGCCAACCUCAUCACCGACCUGUACAAGGUGUUCAUGAAGUCGGACUGCACGCUGCUCGAGAUCAACCCGAUGGCCGAAGAUCUGAACGGAGAGGUGUUCUGCAUGGACUGCAAGUUCCUCGUCGACGACAAUGCCGAAUACCGCCAGAAGGCCCUCUACGAUCUGCAAGACGAGGCGCUCGUCAACCCAUUGGAAGCCCGUGCCGCUCGCGCCAACCUGAACUACAUCAACCUUGACGGAAACAUUGGCUGCAUGGUUAACGGCGCCGGUCUUGCCAUGGCCACGAUGGACAUCAUCAAGCUGCACGGCGGCGAGCCGGCCAACUUCCUCGACGUCGGAGGCGGUGCCACUGUAGAGCAGGUCUCUGAGGCGUUCAAGAUCAUCACGGCCGACAAGGACAAGGUGGACGCGAUUCUGGUCAACAUCUUCGGCGGCAUCAUGCGUUGCGACGUCAUCGCCCAAGGCAUCAUCAAGGCCGCCGAAGAGCUCAAGUUGAAGCUGCCCAUCGUUGUCCGUCUCCAAGGAACGAAGGUUGAAGACGCGAAGGCGUUGAUCGCCACUUCCGGCCUCAAGAUUCUCCCCUGCGACAACCUCGACGAGGCCGCCAAGAUGGUCGUCAAGCUCUCCAACAUUGUCCAACUGGCCCGCGCCGCCUCCGUUGACGUCAAGUUCGAGCUGUCCAUC